AGUUGAGUACAGAUUAUCAAACAUGGAGAAUCCUCAUCGAUUGUCGGACAACCUGGAGCCCUGGAGCCACCUCCACGGCAAAGUCGUCAUGGUUACCGGCGCUUCCUCUGGCCUCGGCCGCGAGUUGUGCUUAGACUUAGCUAAAGCCGGCUGCAGAAUCGUAGCCGCCGCUCGCCGCAUCGACCGCCUUCAGUCCGUGUGCGAUCAAAUCAACCAGCUCUCCAUCACCGCUCCUUCUUCAUCAUCUUCUGUUGCUGAUAGUGGGACUGGUGGAGGCCCGAGGGCUGUGGCCGUGGAGCUGGAUGUCAGCGCCGAUGGCCCAGCUAUCGAGAAGUCUGUGAACAAGGCUUGGGACGCGUUUGGGCUCAUCGAUGCCCUUGUUAACAAUGCCGGUAGAGGUAAUGUGAGUUCUGCAUUGGACCUGUCUGAGGAGGAAUGGAAUCAUGUUUUCAGGACAAAUUUAACGGGUUCCUGGUUGGUAUCAAAGUUUGUUGCUAUACGCAUGCGAGAUGCUGAUCAGGGAGGGUCAAUCGUCAAUAUAUCUUCCAUUGCUGGUCUUAAUCGUGGAUAUUUGCCUGGAGCUACAGCAUACAAUUGUUCAAAGGCUGGUGUAAACACCUUAACAAAGACUAUGGCUAUGGAGCUGGGGGUACACAAAAUCAGAGUGAAUGCAAUAUCACCUGGACUUUUCAGAUCGGAAAUUACGGAGCGUCUAAUGGAAAAAGACUGGCUGCACAAUGUGGCUAUGAAAACUGCCCCUUUAAGAACAUUUGGCACUUCAGAUCCAGCAUUGACAUCGCUAGUUCGAUAUUUGGUACAUGACUCUUCUGAAUAUGUCUCUGGCAACAUUUAUAUUGUUGAUGCAGGAGCCACCUUGCCGGGUGUUCCUAUUUUCUCUUCCCUCUGAAUUUUCAUGUAGAUUUAUUUUCAUGUGGAACAAAAAAGAGUAGAGAAAUAAACAAACGUACAACAAAUAUAUAUUGUACCACCCCUGGCAAGUUGAAGAUUCAAGAAUAAUAGAAUGUACGGCUGAAUUCAUUUUUGUUGGCUUA